UGUUAUCAAAAGUAGUUAAGUCUUGUCGAAUAUAUCCGCCCUAUCUGACCAUACGGGAGAUAAGCGCAGCUGUAUCUGGCUUCCGCAAGUAUAAAACUGAUACGGCUAACGCAGAAGUGAGUCGACAGUCCCAAGUUUGUGAUAAUUCUAAGAAACCUCGGUACUCCUCAAGAGAGCCUUCAUUACGAAGAAUGAAAUUUAACUACCCAGUUGCAAGAAGAGAUGAAAGUGUAACAGAAGAAUACCACGGAAUAGAGAUAAGUGAUCCUUACCGAUGGCUUGAGGACCCAGAUUCAUCUGAAACAGCUAAAUUUGUUGAUGAACAAAAUGCUGUUACAAGACCCUAUCUCGAUAGUUGCCCAGUGAGAUCAGACAUAAACUCAAGACUUACAGAACUAUGGAACUAUCCAAAGUAUUCAUGCCCGUAUAGACAUGGAGAGAGAUAUUUCUUCUAUAUGAAUACUGGACUGCAGAAUCAGAGUGUACUGUAUGUUCAAGAUUCAUUACACUCAGAACCUAGAGUGUUUUUAGACCCCAACACAUUGUCAGAAGAUGGAACAGUUGCGUUAUCUCGAACACGAUUUUCUGAAGAUGGAGAAACAUUAGCAUAUGGACUUAGUAGGAGUGGUUCUGACUGGAUUACAAUACAUUUCAAAGAUGUCAAAAGUGGCAAUGAAUACCCCGAAGUGUUAGAGAAAGUUAAGUUCUCACCAAUGACUUGGACUCAUGAUAACAAAGGAAUAUUUUAUGGUCGAUAUCCGGACCAAGAGGGAAAAACUGAUGGUUCAGAAACAGUUAGCAACCAACAUCAGAAGCUCUAUUACCACCUCAUUGGAACUCCUCAGUCAGAAGAUGUGCUUGUAGUAGAAUUUCCUGAUGAACCAUUGUGGAGAAUUGGUGCUGAAGUGAGUGAUUGUGGGCAGUGGUUGAUUAUUACACCUCAGAAGGAUUGCAGAGAUAAUUUGUUAUUUUUCUGUGACCUUGACAUUUUGCCCAAUGGAAAAAUAUCUGGAAAGCUUCCACUGACCCAAGUUGUACAUAAAUUUGAAGCAGAUUAUGAGUAUGUUACUAAUGAAGGGCCAGAAUGUAUUUUCCGCACCAAUAAGGAUGCUCCAAAUUACCGUCUUGUGAAAAUAAAUUUCCUGGAUCCAGUGCAAGAGAAAUGGACAACACUGAUAAAGGAGCAUUCUAAAGAUGUUUUGGACUGGGCUAGUCCUGUAAAUCAAGACAAAUUAGCUGUUUGUUACAUCCAUGAUGUUAAGAGUGUACUACAAUUGCAUGAUUUAAAUAAUGGUAGUUUGCUGAAAACAUUUCCCCUUGAUGUGGGCACGGUUACGGGCUAUUCGGGAAAGAAGAAACAUUCAGAGAUGUUUUACCAGUUUACGUCAUUUCUAACCCCUGGAAUUAUAUAUCACUGUGAUCUCACAAAGGAGGAACUAGAACCAUCUGUCUUUAGAGAGAUAAAAUUCCAGGGAUUUGAUCCCAGUCCAUAUGAAACUAAACAAGUAUUUUUUUCAAGCAAAGAUGGCACCCAAGUUCCAAUGUUCAUCGUCCAUAAAAAGGGUCUAGUGCAAGAUGGAAGCAAUCCAUGUCUGCUAUAUGGUUAUGGAGGUUUUAAUGUCAGCAUUCAACCGACAUUUAGUGUUACAAGACUGGUGUUCAUUCAGCACUUUGGGGGUAUAUUGGCUGUAGCUAAUAUUAGAGGCGGAGGAGAAUAUGGGGAAGCUUGGCACAAUGCUGGUAGACUUUUCAACAAGCAGAAUGUGUUUGAUGAUUUCCAGUGUGCUGCUGAGUAUCUUAUAAAAGAAAAAUUCACAUCAAGUAACAAACUUACUAUUCAGGGUGGUUCUAAUGGAGGACUUCUAGUAGCAGCAUGUAUAAACCAAAGACCAGAGCUUUUUGGUGCAGCUAUUGCUCAAGUUGGUGUUCUUGAUAUGCUGAGAUUUCAUAAGUUCACAAUUGGUUAUGCGUGGGUGUCAGACUAUGGCAGUUCAGAUGACCAAAAACAUUUUGAAAAUCUGCUUAAAUUUUCACCUCUUCAUAAUGUGAAAGUUCCAGAUGGAGAUGGAACACAGUAUCCAGCCACUCUAUUGUUAACUGCUGAUCAUGAUGACAGAGUUGUUCCUCUCCACUCCCUGAAGUUCAUUGCAACACUACAUCAUGUUCUGCGAGAUGUGAAGAAACAGACAAACCCUCUGCUUAUACGUAUUGAAACAAAAGCAGGACAUGGAGGAGGAAAACCAACAGCCAAACUGAUAGAAGAAAGCACUGACAUCUUAUGCUUCUUGGUACAAGCACUUGGACUUGAGUUUAAAAAAUGAAGAAUCUGUGGUUCAUCAGGAGAUACUACUGAAAAUGAAGACUAUUUGGAAAGUCCCAUCUGCAGAAGAUCCUUGUGUACUUACACGCAGACUUAACCACCAUCACAUCUGCCAAGGCCUAAGGAUUUCUGAGAAGCAUUUGAUUGUGUGUGUGUGUGUGUGUGUGUGUGUGUGUGUGUGUGUGUGUGUGUGUGUGUGUGUGAGAGAGAGAGAGAGAGAGAGAGAGAGAGAGAGAGAGAGAGUGAGAGUGAGUUCAAUUCUGUUUGUCAUUGUAUGUAUGUACAGUGUCGAUAUUAAUUAUAUUUGACAUGCAGAUAUGCCUCAGAAGGAAAAAAAGUUUUUGCCAUGCAUGUGAUGUAUGCUAUAUAUUGCAUUUUUUCUGUUGUAUGCUGUUUUUUGCAGUGAAUCCCAAUGUUCGUGAAUAUUGAAAAAAAUGAUCACAUCACGCCAUUUAUAAUUGGGCACCAAACUUUGUGUACAGUGCUGAGUAUUACGCAAUACAUAUUGUAACAGGCGUGUCAAAACUUUGAACUGUUGGCUGUGUAAUUUUAGAAGGAAAUGGAGAUUAAUAUGCUAGUAAUAAUUGUUUGUAAUGAUGCCCCUGAACAAAACAAGUGUUGCAUUUUAUGGAAUAUUUGUUAUUAAGGUGUGGUAAUUUUUAGACUGUGGACUUACUUUUGGCACGUCUUUGAGAGAAAUGCGUUGAGCUGAAGAUACCAAAGGUGUAAAAUUUACAUUACCUGUAAGGCUUUGUGCACUAGUGCUUCAUAACUUCUAAAAGUACAAAUUAAUGGAGGCUAGGAGGCAGUUAUGAACAGUAAAAUGAUAUUCUGUGAUGCAUUGUUGUUUAUGUAAUCCAUUGCUUUACAAUUUCAAAGCAAUUAAAUAAGUUACUUUUUCCUAACUUCGCAAGAUCUCACAUUAUUUUGCUAUAAUUAGCUACUGUAUUUCAAAAUCUGUAUUUGUCCAGAGUUCAGUAUUUAAAAUUUAUAUACAUUAUUUGCUCAAUGGCAGUGGUUUUACUGUCAGUCACAAAUUAUUUAUUUAUAACAGUGACAAAAUGGUACCACUCCCACUCUCGUCUUUGAGCUGUUUGGUGGAUUUAAAAGUAAUUGCCACAAAAUAUUAGCUCUUAUCUUAAGCUUAACUUUCACCUAGAUCUGAUGUAUAUAAAAUAUCACUAAAAAGCUGCUGUAUUUCAAGAAAAAAGUAAGCCCUGUGUGUCAUAGUGUGAUGUGUUAGAAGAAUUUGACAUUAAACUGUCUGUUGGAUCACUAUAAAUAAUCAUGGCAUGUAACAUGUGUGCCAUGAGAGGGAUGUAUUUGGAGUAGUCCACAGGUUUGUUGUCUCCUGUUAGGAAUGAAUUUCUUUUCUUCAUUAGUAAGGAAAUGUGAGACAAAAUUUGUUAAAUUAUUCAGUUGUUAGGUAUAGUAUGCGAUGAUAUCUGUAUUCCUAUAUUACAAUGUCACAAAUUUUGGCUUCAAAUAGUUUGCGACCUUAAAUUGUUGUAUAUGGGCAAAGAAGUAACAAAUGUGUAUUUGGUGUGCUUUGUUUUGGUCUCCGUGUAAUUUAUUGUUGCCAUUUUCUUUUGAAAAGUUUGACUAGUAGGAAAACAGUGGUUAUCUGUGUUUUAUUAUUCAUAUGGGUCAAUCCUGGGUGGUGUACAAGAAGUGGAAUGUAUCAAAAUAACCACCCACAGGCACAAUGUGGUGGGGCACUGAGUGAUGGGUAGGCACAUCAAGAACUGAAAUAUGAUGUUUCAACUUAAAAACUUCCAUUUUUCUUCAGGGUUUAAUAUGUGUGUAUUGUUGAUAUAUUUUUUGAUGUAACUCGAUCUACAGUUCUCAUUAAUGGUGGGCUGAACUCCAUUGGUAACGAGCACAUUUACCUGAGUACUACUGCCUUUAAAAUGAAAAUGUGAAAGUUAGUACUGAAAAUUCAGUUUCUUUUAAUAUAUUUGGAAUACCUUCACUACGAAACCAGACUAAAAUAAGAAUGAUCACAAAUUGCACUGGUUUACUAUCUGUGGAGUAGAAAUUAGAAAAUUGUUUCCCUCAUCUGCAGCUAAGAGCGAAUUAAAGAAAAGUGGUAGGGAGUUCACAAGUGAACAUGGGUGAGGGACACAUCUAGAUAAGAGCGAGCUAAUUAUUGUAUGACUCCAUAUUCUCACUGUCAGAAUGUAUUUAGUUGUCUAUUUGUAGGUGAUAUACUGUAAUUCUCUGUUCUAUAUGAAGAGUCUGAGUGUAUAGUUCAGACAGUGAAGGAGUUUUCCAUACUAAGUUUUUCCAGCUUAAAUUUACUCAUUUAAGAUACCUGUAAAUUAAAUUUCCUUUUACUGGACAUUUUGUCGUAGACAAUAAAUUAAAAAGUGUUUUAAACAGGGUUUAGUAUCUGAUGGAAACUUCCUAUGUUUUGCUUCAAAAUAUGAAGUAACAAAAGUAAUUAAUGAUGUUCCUCUACACUAUUCCUUUUCAUAUGUUCAUUGCAUGGCAGCUUAAUCUUUACGAUCUGAUUCUUCAUCCAUAAUUCAUUUCUAAUUACGUACCUAAUAGUUUUUGUGUGACUUCUAACACGGGUAGAGAUACAGACGUGAAGUUAUUGAAAUCAGUGCUCUGAAGGUGGAAACUGUAAUGUGUACUAUGUGCUAUUAUAUUUAGGCAGAGAGAUUUUAAAAUUCAGAAGUUUUUCUCUGAUUUUUUAAACUAGUCGUAUUGCCUGUAAAAUACAUGUUUACAAAAUUGUAAUGCUUAUAAUGGGUGAUAAUCGAAAAAGUGGCUUAUAAAUUUUGUAUAUAUCAAGUUUAACAAGAUACAUAUGGAUUGUCAAGUGCAUGUGUCAUAGUUAAGAACUUCGCUGUAACAGUUUUCUGUUAAUAUACAUAUAUAUUUUUGGAUAUAUUUGUUGUUUCAGUACAGGUAAGAUGCAGUUUCAAGCAUGUUAAGAGGCAACUGAACAGGUGCAGUAUGCAUCUGUGUCAGAAAGCUGUAACAUACUACUCAAAAAUAACUUUAAUGCCAGUUACUCAUAUCAUUGUUAGCUGUUACUAAUGUUUUUGUAAGUGGUGAUUGUGUCGUCACAGUGAUGUGUUCCACUGAACUCAUAAUUGCUAAUUUUAGGAUGUAGUAAUAAAUCAUUGGUAGGUGAAGCAUUAACACUGCAGUUUACAAAAUAAUCUAAACUAUUUAGUGUAUUAAGUCUCUUUGUUUUACUGUAUAUGUACAUGAGACUCCAGUUGGAGAUUGUGCAAGAACUUGUUAGUAUAUUUUUACUUGUGCCAGUGCUACUGGUAUGGUUAUUGUGCCAGAAUUUCUACAGUCCUGUCAAUUUGUUAACUAUUCAAUCCCUUCAUACUGGUGUACUUGUAGAGCUAAUUCAAAUUUAAUCAGCCCCUAAUGUUGCUGUAACGACAGGGUGACGGUUAUUGAACUACAUGAAAAAGAAAAAACACCAUAAAUUAGUUACAAACUACAGUGUGUACUCACUUUAUUCAAAAUGUAAACGUCACUACAGAUAUUUGGCUCUAGUUAUGACUUCUUGGAUUUGCUGCCAUCAUUGACGAUGUGGCGCAGACGAAUAGUGAAAUUCUGCACGACCUGCUGAAGUGUGAAACAUCAGUGACCUCCUGAAUAGCUGUUUUCAGCUCAGCAGUGGUUUUGGGGUUGUUGCUCUACAACUUGUCUUCUAUGUAGCCCCCACAAAAAGGAGACACGUGUUCAGAUCAAGAGAAUAUGGUGGUCAAUCAAGGCCAAUGCCAGUGGCCUCUGGGUACCCUACAGCCAGAAUGCAGUCCCCCAAGUUCUCCUCCAGGACAUUAAACACUCUCCUUCUAUGAUGGCAUUGAGCUCAGUCUUGUAUGAACCACAUCAUGUCGAAAUUAGGGUUACUUUGGAUAAUGGGGAUGAAAUCAUCUUCCGGAAUCUUCACAUACCGUUCAGUAGUCACCACGCCAUCAAGGAAUAUCGCACCAGUUAUUCCGUGACUGGGCAUUGCACACCACAAAGUCAUCCAUUGAGAAUGAAGAGACUUCUUGAUAGUGAAAUGCGGUUUCUCUGUCCUGCAGAUGCACCAAUUUUAUUGACGAACCCAUCUAAAUGAAAGUGGACUUCGUCACUAAACCAAAGAUACCAAUUCACAUCAUGUCCUGCAGUCAACCAUGCUUUUUGAAUGUCCUAACGCAAACCAUUCAGAAAUUAUGAUUUUUAUUUAAUAUAUUUCAAUAACUGUCACCCUGUAUAAUCAUUUACCACCAGAAUACACAAAGCCCUGUCCUUACAUUAACUCUCGUAGUUUUGUGCUAGUAUUUUGUCAGUUGUAUUUCAGUUUUCUUCUUCAUGUGCUUCUCUCUAUUUCUUUCUACUUACUACUACGUCUCAUUGAGUGAAUCAGUUUGUGGUGAUUUGUGGUCAUUUACAAUCUCCUUCAGCCAUCUCUCUACUUUUCCCCUCAGUUCUGCAACAGUAUGCUGCCUCUGUAAAACGUAAUUUUCUUAUGUUUACAGAUAAAUUCUGUGUCCUAUCACAACACCAAUCUUCUACAUGGCUGUCAUAUCGUCAAUCUACUUGAUGUAUUUAUUAUAGAUGUGUCAAACUUUGUCACCCAUGUAAAGUAUACAGUUGCAGAGACAAAUAUAUGCAUAAUUUCUUCUGUGUUGCUUCAGAUGGCAGUCAGAAAUUUACUUGUACAAGCAGCCAUUAAUAGUAACCAUGCAGAUCUGAAACCACUGGCAUCAGGCCAUUGACACUAGUAUUACAUGGAUGUUCCAUGAGGACUAGUCAUUUUCAUUCAUAAUGUUCACAAUAAAUACACUAAUCAGAACUUCUCAUUUGCACAUUUGGUGCUGUUAUUGUUAAUUUUUGCAAGUGAAUGUUAUAGGGAUUGCUCUUACGUGAUGGUUUGCUAGCCAUGUGUGCAAUAUUCUCAUUUAUUUGGCAAAUCUGCAUUGGUACAAGUAUUUGCAGUGGAAAAGUUAAUGAAAUAAUGAAAAAAAUGUUAUGGGCACCACCAUUCAUAAAUUCUGAAGUUACAUGGAUUACACACAGUUACAGAAUUCUUAUUAUGCAUUUAGUGACAAAAUUUGUCAUUUUACAUUCCUUCGACAUUGUCUGAACUGCUUAGCCUCUCUCCCAGUUACCAUUUCAAAGUUCACAACACCUAUAUUUUAGUCAAAUUUAUAUAACUUUCAUGUUUACUGUGUUAGAUGGAUAAAUUUAUCAGCAAUAAAUUAAAUGCCAUCAAGUUCAGGACAUUUUCUUCCCAGAUGCAAUUUAUGGGUCGAAGAAGUUAAAUGAAAUGCUUUUUUUAUUUGUUAAUUUAUUGUGGGUGUGCUAUGUUUCUUUGUAAUUGAAGCAUCCUACGUGUAUGAAUUUUUUGAAACUGAAGAAUACCUCAGGUCUGUCGCAUGUAUAAAUGGUAACAUUUUAAAAGUGCUUUAAAGAACUGUUAUGUACUUAAUGAAAUACACACAAUCUGUAAACUGACGGAGUUUUGAUAAAAUAUACUUUAUUUUGUACAUAUGUACUCUGUAUUAUACAGAUAUUAAAACAAAUAAAAAUUCAUAAAGGAUUUUCAUACAUUUUAACAGCAGUUUUAUGCAAAAUAAAAAGCAGUAGCAGUGACA